AUGGAGCAUCCUGUUAUUUGUUUCAGACUCUUCUUUUCACCAACUUCCCGGACCAUCCUUCUUCUGUCCCUCUUCUUUUCAGUCUCAAAAUUUUCCCUGGCUACCAUACUUUCAACUGAAACAGACAAACAUGCAUUACUAGAGUUCAAGUCCCUCAUACAUGACACCCCCAGUGUCCUGCCUUCUUGGAAUGAGUCUUUGCAUUUCUGCCAAUGGGUUGGGAUCAACUGUGGCCACAACCACCAAAGAGUCAUCGGUUUGAACCUAAAAGACCAGAAAUUGGUUGGCACCAUAUCUCCCCACCUUGGAAAUCUUUCUUUCCUUCGAUCCCUCAACCUUGCAAACAACUCCUUCUCUGGUGGAAUCCCCUCAGAAGUUGGUCACUUAAUCAGGCUUCAAAAUCUAAACUUGAGUUAUAACUCAUUGGAAGGAGAAAUUCCAGUUAAUUUGUCUCACUGUUCCAACCUUGUCAAUCUUGAUCUCCACUACAACAACCUAGUACAACAAAUCCCAUCUGAACUUGGCUCUUUAUCCAAACUUGAGAUCCUAUCUCUUUCCAACAACCACCUAAGUGGAAGGUUCCCACCACCUCUGGGGAACCUGUCAUCUCUCCAACAGCUUUGGUUUGCAUAUAACAAUUUGGAGGGAGAAAUUCCAGGUACAGUAGCCAAAAUGACAAGCUUGCAAUUUUUUCAUGUUGGAUUGAAUAAUCUUUCCGGUGGGUUUCCAGCUUCCCUAUACAAUUUAUCAUCACUCAUUUUCAUUUCCUUGUGUUCCAACAACCUCUCUGGUAACCUCAAGCCUGACUUAGGCAUUGCUCUUCCAAAUCUCCAAGAACUUCUUUUGGGGGGAGGAAAUAAAUUCACAGGAAGCUUUCCAGCUUCCUUGGCCAAUGCUUCAAAUUUGCAGCUCCUUCAUAUAUCUGAGAAUCGUUUAACAGGAAACAUACCUACGAUUUUUCGCGAUUUAAAAGAUCUUCAAUGGCUUGAUGCAUCUGGGAAUCUUUUCGGAAAUCAGUCAGUUGAUGAUUUGAGUUUUCUGACUUCUUUGACCAAUUGUAGCAAGUUACAGAGGCUGGAUUUCAGCUACAACCGGCUUGGUGGUGAGCUGCCUGACUCUAUAACAAACCUCUCAACCCAACUAACUUGGCUACAGCUAAGAGGGAAUUUUAUUGGUGGACGCAUACCCAUGCGGAUAUCAGAUCUAGUCAGCCUAACUCAACUUGGCCUGGAUCAGAAUUUGUUAACAGGUAAUAUUCCAGCCUCAAUUGGGAAGCUCUCAAACUUGAACAAACUAUACUUGGGUGCAAACAAAUUGACAGGGGAGAUCCCAUCUUCCUUUGGCAAUAUGACUCGAUUGUUAGCUCUCCAUUUGUGUAAUAACAGCUUAGUAGGAAGCAUACCCGCGAGUCUGGAAAGAUGUAGCUACCUGCAAGAUGUACGCCUUUCCCAUAACAAAUUAAAUGGCAGCAUACCAAAGCAACUCCUUGCUCUUCCAGCUCUUUCUCUAGUCCUUAAUGUGUCUCAUAACUCUCUGACGGGUCCGUUGCCACCAGAAGUAGGAAACCUGAAAUCUCUUGUUGCUCUGGAUUUGUCAUACAACAAAUUUUCCAAAGAGAUUCCAGGGCACCUAAAGGAUUGUUUGGCGUUGGAAUUUCUUUAUAUGCAGGGGAACUUCUUUGAAGGAACUAUUCCCGAUUUAAGUAGGUUAAAAGGUAUUCGAUAUCUUGAUCUUUCCCACAACAAAUUGACCGGCCGAAUCCCAAGCUACAUGCAGGUUAGUUUUCCCUUGUUGCAGAACUUAAAUCUGUCUUUCAACAAUCUGGAGGGAGAGGUACCAGUACAAGGGUCCUUCAGCAAUGCUACAGCAAUUAAAGUCUAUGGCAACAACAGGCUUUGUGGGGGGAUCCAAAUGCUGCAGUUGCCAACGUGCAAGCAUAGAAAGCAUGUUGCUUUUAAGCUGAUACUGGCAAUGGUCAUUGCAGUUGCUUUCUGCUUGACGUUGUUGUCUUUGAUUUCUGUGUGCUUGUUGAGAAAGCCAGAGAAGAAACGUCUUUCUGUUUCUUCUUUUGGGCACUAUUACCAAAGAAUUUCGUAUCAAGAAUUGCUCAAUGCAACCGGUGGAUUCUCUGAGAGAAAUUUCAUCGGUUCAGGUAAUUUUGGUUCUGUCUAUAAAGGAAUACUCGGAUCGAAUGGAAAAAGUGUUGCAAUCAAGGUACUCAACCUUGAAAAGCAAGGAGCUUCAAAGAGCUUCAUUGCUGAAUGCCAAGCAUUGAGGAACAUCCGGCAUCGAAACCUCGUUAAGAUACUUACUGCUUGCUCAAGUGUUGAUUUUGAGGGCAAAGAUUUCAAAGCUUUAGUAUAUGAGUUCAUGCCAAAUGGGAACUUGGAGAUGUGGUUGCAUCCAGAAGAUGGGCUCAAGCAGCUGAGAAGUUUAAGCCUUCUACAGAGAAUGGACAUUGCAAUAGAUGUAGCUUCUGCUUUGCUUUAUCUUCAUCAUCACUGCCAAACCCCUAUUAUUCACUGUGAUCUAAAGCCAAGCAAUGUUCUUCUUGAUGAUGAUUUGACUGCUCAUAUAAGUGAUUUUGGUUUGGCAAGACUCCUUUCAGAAUCCGGCAAGCAAGCUCUUGUUAAUCAAUUAAGCUCAACUGGGAUUAAUGGAACUGUCGGGUAUGCUCCUCCAGAGUAUGGAAUUGGUGGUCAGCAAUCAACUAAUGGUGAUGUGUACAGCUUUGGGAUCCUCUUGUUGGAGAUAUUCACUGGAAGAAGACCCACUGAUGAACUGUUCAAAGAUGACCUGAACCUUCACAACUUCGUCAAGUUGACAUUGCAGGGACAAGUGACACAGAUUCUGGACCAAUCAGCUUCGAACAAGGUAGGAGAAACUAAGAACAUGGUUACAUGUUGGGGUGAGUGGACAAGUGAUGAAAUUGAAUGCUUGAUAUUGGUCUUUCACAUUGGCCUUGCAUGUUCAGCAGAAUCUCUAGGACACAGAAUGGACAUGAGAAGAGUUACCCUAGAAUUGCUUUCAAUUAGAGCCAAACUCCUUGGGAGUGGAACUCAUGAACAGAAAAUUGAAAGCUCAGUUAAAGGGGAAAGUUUCUGAAAAACUACAAUGAAUGGAAUGGAUUAGAACAAGAAAAAAAUGUAUACAGGUAUAUUUGUAUAUAUGUCCACUUUCUCUUUUC